CACUCUUAACUGGUCCCUAGCUCAGGGGCUAUUGGGUACACCUGUUAGAGGCCGGAGCCUUCUGCGGACAGGCUCCUCCUCCUGCUUCAACCCCGCCCACCAGGCCCCUAUUCUCCACCUCCCAGGCUUCGCUCUCCAUCACAGAGCUCUCCACAACCUGUCCUCCGCGACGAUUCCUCCGCCCCUCCUUCCAAACACCGUUCAGACGCCCUGGGCGCUCUGGCGGAGCGGCGGCGUGCUGGGGGAUGCGCUCCAUGAGGGCUCUGCAGAAUGCGUUUAGCACGGCCGGCAGUCAUUGCCGGAGGGGAGGCUGGGGUCACCUGAGCCGGAGCCCCCUCCUUGGCGGGGUCGUCCGGCACCACCUCAGUGAGGCCGCGGCGCAGGGCAGGGAGACGCCGCACAGUCACCAGCCGCAGCACCAGGAUCAUGAUUCGUCAGAGAGUGGCAUGCUGUCUCGCUUGGCUGAUCUGCUCUUCUACACAAUUGCUGAGGGACAGGAACGAAUCCCAAUCCACAAGUUCACUACUGCACUGAAGGCCACCGGACUUCAGACGUCAGAUCCCCGGCUCCGGGACUGCAUGAGCCAGAUGCGCCGCACAGUGCGAGAGGCCAGCAGUGGUGGCCUUUUGGAUCGAGAUCUCUUCCGAAAGUGUGUGAGCAGCAACAUUGUGCUCCUGACCCAGGCAUUCCGAAAGAAGUUUGUCAUUCCUGAUUUUGAGGAGUUCACGGACCAUGUGGAUCGCAUCUUUGAAGAUGCCAAAGAGCUCACUGGAGGCAAAGUGGCAGCCUACAUCCCUCAGCUGGCCAAGUCAAAUCCAGAACUGUGGGGUGUCUCCCUGUGCACUGUGGAUGGUCAGCGGCACUCCGUGGGCCACACAAAGAUCCCCUUCUGCCUGCAGUCCUGUGUGAAGCCCCUCACCUAUGCCAUCUCUGUAAGCACCCUCGGUACUGACUACGUGCACAAGUUCGUGGGCAAGGAGCCCAGCGGGCUGCGCUACAACAAGCUCUCCCUCAACGAGGAAGGAAUCCCCCAUAACCCCAUGGUCAAUGCUGGUGCCAUUGUCGUGAGCUCCCUGAUCAAGAUGGACUGUAACAAAGCAGAGAAGUUUGAUUUUGUGUUGCAGUAUCUGAACAAAAUGGCUGGGAAUGAAUACAUGGGUUUCAGCAAUGCCACAUUCCAGUCAGAGAAGGAAACGGGGGAUCGGAAUUAUGCCAUCGGCUAUUAUCUAAAGGAAAAGAAGUGCUUUCCUAAGGGGGUGGACAUGAUGGCUGCCCUCGAUCUCUACUUCCAGCUGUGCUCCGUGGAGGUAACCUGUGAAUCAGGCAGUGUCAUGGCAGCCACUCUGGCCAAUGGCGGGAUCUGCCCCAUCACAGGGGAGAGUGUGCUGAGCGCCGAAGCAGUGCGCAACACCCUCAGCCUCAUGCACUCCUGUGGCAUGUACGACUUCUCCGGCCAGUUUGCCUUCCACGUGAGUGCUCCUUGGCGCCAUCCAUUUCCCACAAGCCCGAAGGAAAGAAAAGAGGACACUGAGUCUCUGAUGGUGGAGAGGUGGAAGCUUGUUCCUGCCUCUCAUUCACUAACUUCUUCUGAACCACUCUUAGACCCACGGCGUGAAGGGGGAGAAGUUAGGAACAAGACUGUGGUGAACCUGUUAUUUGCUGCUUAUAGUGGAGAUGUCUCAGCUCUUCGAAGGUUUGCCUUGUCAGCCAUGGACAUGGAACAGAAAGACUAUGACUCCCGCACAGCCCUGCAUGUUGCCGCAGCUGAAGGACACAUCGAAGUUGUUAAAUUCCUGAUUGAGGCUUGCAAAGUGAAUCCUUUUGUUAAGGACAGGUGGGGCAACAUUCCCCUGGAUGAUGCUGUGCAAUUCAAUCAUCUGGAGGUAGUGAAACUGCUUCAAGAUUACCAGGACUCCUACACACCAUCUGAGAUUCAGACUGAAGCAGCUGCUGAGGCUCUGUCCAAAGAGAACUUAGAGAGCAUGGUGUGAGCAUGGAGCACACACGGUCCCUGCUCAAGACAAAGCAAGAGCUGGCCGCACAUUUAACCCACAACCACCAAACAUGCUACAGAGAGCUGCGCUGCUUUAGUGGGGACCAAGACAUAGGCCACUGCUUUCUGUGAGAGUCAAAACACCCCAUUCCCUUGGCAAAGAGUAGAGAGAAGUGCCUCAGUGGACACCUGCUGUAGAGCUAUCCAUGGAGAUCGUGGGCCUCUUCAAGGUAUAGCCUAAUUGCCUGGCCCACUCAAAACCUUCCCAGGUCUUCACCCAGGUCCCCUCUUCCUCUCCCUGAACCAUCAUGAGAAAGAGAGAUACUUUGAUAAAGGGGCUCUAGCCACCAUGCACAUGUAUAUACCCACAGAGGAAGGAGGGGGAGCUAUGCACCUGGCUUUAAUUGUCUGGAGAGAUCUGCCCCCCCUUGCCCAGGAAACAGAAAUUUUAUAGACAGAGAAAGUAUUUUGUGCUCAAAUAAACUUUAAUUACACAAAUGAUUAUUUUUUGCUAAACCCAGUCCUUCUUUUUCUCCCCUAAGGGCAUUCAGUUGCAUCACCAUCAUAAAGGUAGAAUAAGAUGGAACCACAGGGUCAGGCAGUCCAAACAAUACAUAUUUCACAUACAUACUCACCCCACCAGGUUUUCCUCAGCCUCUAAUACUGCUUUAGGUUAAGUGUAUUCUGCUGCCAAGGUGGGGGUUGGGGGGCAAGGGCUUGGGUCUGAGCAGGCCCAAAAAUGUAUUGUGUAAGAGCUUAGGUCUCCUUCCUCCCUCUGUUAGUUCCAAAUGUAGCAGAAAUGAAGAUGGAACUUCUCAGGAAUAAAGUUUCUAGCACUAA